AAGAUAACAAACCUCAAAGAUGAUUCACGUCGACGAAACAGACCCUCUCGGUGAUGUGCCGCCAGCGUUCCCGUACCGGGAGGUGGAAAUUCAGCGCGGUGUCGACCCGAAACAGUUGUACGAGCUCAGCUCGGAGCUCGGCAGGGGAAAGUUUGGCGUCGUGUACAAGUCCAAGGAAAAGUCGACCGGCGUCCGGCUGGCGGCGAAAUUCAUCCAGAUCCAGAAGAAGGGCGACCGGCGCAACAUCGAGCGGGAGGUGCACAUGAUGAACGUCCUGCAGCACUCGAAGAUCGCGCAGCUGUACGCGGCGUUCGAGUUCGAUCGGACCUUUUGCGUCAUGAUGGAGCUCGUCGAGGGCGGCGAGCUGUUCGAUCGGGUGCUGGACGACAAGUUCAUCCUCACCGAGCGCGCCUGCUCGAUCUUCAUGCGCCAGAUAUGCGAUGCGGUCGCGUACAUCCACGGGAACAACAUCAUUCACCUGGACAUGAAGCCGGAGAACAUCCUCUGCCUCACGGAGGCCGGCAAUCGGAUCAAGAUCAUUGACUUCGGGCUGGCGCGCGAGUACGACCCGGACAACAAGCUGCAGGUGCUGUUCGGUACGCCCGAGUUCGUCGCGCCCGAGGUGGUCAACUUCGAGGCGAUCUCGUUCGCGACCGACAUGUGGAGUGUUGGUGUCAUUGCCUACGUGCUAGUUUCGGGAUUGUCGCCAUUUGCCGGCGAAGACGAUAUUCAGACCAUGGGUAACAUCACGAUCGGACGGUACGAUUUUCUCGACGAAGCGUUCGACGAGGUGUCCGAGGAAGCGAUCGAUUUCAUCACCCGAUGUCUCGUGAAGGACCAAACGAAUCGUCUAACUGCCGAGGACGCGUUAAAACACAAGUGGAUCAAGCGGAAACCACAGUACUAUCCGACGAACCGGCGUCCGUCCAUCCCCAACUUCAAGCAGAUCCUGCUCGAGACCAACAACAACAACACCAAUGUGACGGUAGGCGAGAAAGAUAACAAUGAAAUCGACAAGGAAAACCUUAAAGACCUAGUCGGCAAAUGGAACGACACGCCCAACAAUCGGUACGCGUUCGAGCAGGACACGGAAAACAUUAUCGCACCUUCCGGCGAGUCGGUGCAGCUCCGAAGGCCAACGUUACCGGAAGUGAGCGGGCUGGCGAACGGUACAUCCGGCAGCCGGAGAGGCAGCAUAGCGCGGGAGGAAACUAACGACAACGACGAGGAUAAUGACGUAGAAAAUGAGGCACCAAACGGAGGAGGCGGUAUGGCGCCUACUAAGAUUCAGCACAACAGUUACUACGAUGGCAGCCCGAAGGAACAGCACGCAAGCUGGGAGCAGACUGCUUCCUCGCUUCAGUUAAACGACCAUCCGACGAUUGAGGCGGUGAAGUUACGGGAGGAGAACGUCAACAAGUGUAUUGUCACCAUUGAAAAUGCAAAUGAUUCUUAUCCGUCCACUAACAAGCAAACAAAUGCACCGGCUAGCGAGCGUAACGCAAGCUUUGACAGCUGUCAGAUGAGUGUAACGCCUAACGCUGCUCGUAGUAGCUUUGAGAGCGGCGUGAAGCAUGAGGUUAGGUGUGGCGACCAUAGCUCUAGCAGUAGUAGUAUUUGCAGUAGUGAUAGCAAAGCCAGUAUUAGUAGCUUAAGCGAUGGCUUGACGAGCGAACAAGCGACGGACACUAACAACCAACUUGCGUUUGCUAAUGCACCCGAAAACGCGAACGGUGGACUCGAGCCGGCAGCGAGUUCCCCGGCUGCCCCUUGCUCUUCCUUGCUCCCGUGCUCACCUACUGAUACCAAGGUUCACGUACACCACCGUACGUCCCUGUCCUCCGGUUUCUGCCUCUCUACAGAUGGCGCGGACGGUGAGCCUACGAGCGAUACAGGCGUUCCAAAACGAGACGUCUCGUCGGAGAGGGCACAGGAAUCGGCAGCCCAGGAGUCGGUACCGACCUCCGAGCACCGGGAUCAGGUACGUGACGAUUUGCGUAAACUGUCCGAUUUACUAAAGCUUUCCCUCACGACCACCACUACGGCGGUGAAGGACCCGGUAACGUCGCCCGUUUCGGCAGCGUCCGAGGGUGACGCGGAGGCGUCCAGUUCCGCGUCCAUCGCAUCUUCCACGUCCACCGUCGAGCUGGACAGCGAUCUCGAGAACCUGAAGUCGAAGGUGAGCACGAUGAUCCGCACGUCGCGCGCGCAGAACAAACUGAACGAGCUCGCCCAGCGACCGGAGUUCCUCGCCAACGAUCCUUUCAAGCUGCCCACGUUCCGCUUCCUGCCGAAGUCGAUCAGUCUCUGCAACGACGACUCGGUGUUCAAGGAGAACUACACCAAGUUCUGCGAUCGCAACAACGGUGGCUCGCAGUUGACGCAGCCGACGCUGCCGGAGGAGAAACCGGCACCGAAGUCCGAAAACGCCGUGCGGAAGAAAUCCUCGACCGGUGGAAUGUCGAUGAGGAAGAAAAAAGAACCCCAGGAAACGUCGACGUCCACGUCCACCGUAACGACGACCACGUUCUCCAGCACCAGCUCGGGUAAGAUCGCGUCCACAACCACCACGGUGCGGAAGACGAUCGUCAAGCAGCAGAAGGUGUUGGACGUGGAGGACGUGAAUUCGACAGAACCCCGGAAGUCUCUCGCUCCGACAAAGAGUCUCGACAGUUCGGCGUCAUCCACGACAACGACGACGACCCAUGCCAUCCUAACGCCUACCGCUUCGAUCAAACGGACCAAGUUCCGCGUCAACCAGAUGAGCAGUCGGGACGUUCCGGUGGCACCACUCAACUCCACCGUCGCCCGAAGGUACCUCGAACGCAGCGGCGUACUGGGAACGUCCAAGGAUCAACCAGAAGCAGUAGGGAAGAUGCACCUGCACCCCAGCUCGGCUGCUGCCGACGACUCCGUGACGGCGAACAACCUGCGCAACAGUGCCCUCAAGCUACGCAGCCUUUCCGUCGACUGGGACGCGGUGGACGUGGCGGUCGAGAACCGCUCGAUGAAGACGAUCAACAGCUUCCUGAAGCGGCAUGCCGUUGCCAGCUCGGCCGUGCGACAGAUACAGGCACAGCUCGAGGCAACCAUUACGACGCACAAGUGAGCCCCGUCGUUGGCCCGCCGCGGACAUGUGGAGAGGCGUUAGAGUUUAACGGAGGCAAGCGCCUCAAAGGAAGCCGUCGAGAACGAUUGUACAUACAAUUCGCACGAUCUUAUACGCCAUGUGUAUUUAUACGUAGUAUUUAGAGGUUUAGGUCAAGGUGGCUACGGAAAGGGAGCAACGAGCGAGAAAGCGAGGUUAUGUUAUGUGUUAUAUUUCCUAGGUCCUAGGGUGGUUGCCGUCGUACGCACACCGGUGUUGUAGAGCUUAGCUGACAACGUAAAACGAAGCACGGUUGUACUUUACUUUUCUUUUCGCGAUCACAAACAUUGGAGAUAGGUUUAAGCACGUUUGGGCUUGGUACCAGCUUUACCACAACGCCCAGCAAACGAUAAAAAGGGCACUGGUAAAAGGGACGCUUGUGUAAGUUUCCCCUUUGACAAAGGGGGUCAGUGCAGAUGCGAUUUCCGGUGCCUUGUUGUCGACAUGAGAAGUAUGUAAUGGUGUAAGCUUAUGUGGAAAUAAAAAGUAUAAUUAAG